AUGGGGAAGGCCAUGUGCUCUGAUGAGGAUACACCAUUAGCACCUAGAAACUCUGCCCUCUGUCACCUACAGCAAGAACAAGGAGGAGAUGGUGCAAAGAUGAGGAAUUUCUUUGUAGUUGUGAAUAUUCUGGCACUAACUCUUCCCUUCUUGUGCCUUGAAACGGAGGGAAUGAUUGAUCAGAAAAGUGUCCUGUAUACACCAGUUCACUAUGCACUGAAGAGCAAUCUUGGUUAUGAACCUAAUUACUACCACUAUAGCCCCUCUGCACCUGUUAGCCCGUACAUGUAUUACCCAUUUGUCGUAAAACUACUUCUGCUUAGCUCUCCAGUCCAGGCCUCCAAAUGGCAACCAAUGCCAAAUUUCCCCCAGUCUAUUGGGGUACCUCGUCCUGUUCCAAGCCCGUCCUUUCUUGCCUUUCCCACAAAGGAAACUCAAGAAAGCACCGACAGUUCAAACAUCAGUAACCCUGCUGCUAUUGAGCCUACACCAGCUCCUGUGUCUGAACCAGUGAUGACUACUGAGGUCAUUCCUGAAGGUUCCACGGUGCCCAUCAAUAUUCCAGAGACUGCCACAGUCCCAGUGUUAACAACUGCAGCAUAA